UUUAUGCACAUCUAGGUCAGCUUAAUAGUGAGUUGCCGACACAUGGGACAUAGAUGGAUGAAGAGUGGUGAGCUGAGAGUUGCAACAAUGUAGGAACUCUGGAUAUGCAUCAAUGGAAAAGACUACCAUAACAUGAAAUAAUUGAAAUAAAUUCUUAAGAACUAUGGCUCAAGCAUUGGAUCUCAAGGCAUUUAUUGUCAGGGCACGUGUUCUUAAGCUCUAUAGGCAUGCUUUAAGAAUUGCUCGUCGUGCCCCUCCUCAUUCAAGAGAUGAUCUUAGGCUGACAAUGAGGCUUGAAAUGGAGAAGAAUAGGUAUUGUGAUGACAGACAGAAAAUUCGCUUCCUCAUCAGUGAAGGCUUACAAAGACUGAAGGUUCUGGAUGAAAUGCUUGAUAUGCAGGGCCAUGGUUAGUCGGGUAACUUUUGAGUGCCCACUUUACUUUAUAUUAUCAUCAGUGAUUCAUUGUUACCUUAUUUUAUGCUGAUUUGUAGUUCUGCUUUCAGAUAAUAUGCACAUUUACAUCGUUGCUAAAUGUAAGGGCUAAUUCUGGCCAUUUCUUAA